CCCACGUGCUCCACCUGGUACACUUCCAAUACAUGCGAGUCAACAAUUGACGGUUGUCUCAGAUCGUGGAACAAGUAUUGCUGGAUCUCCUUAUGACAACGUGUCCAUCACUCAAUCUUUGGAAUCAUACAGCAUGGACCUGGACCUCUCAGCUACCUCGUCAACCACUCAAUCUCAUUCUCAUUGGAUGGGAACAUUAGGGGGGCGUUCAGCCAUGUCAGUGGACGCACUAUCCUCCCGCCCACUCAACUUCGCCCUAAAGGUGCAAAAUCUGUGGAAGACAUGGUUGAUCGAAGGAUCUCAGCCUUGUCUUCAACCUCAGGAUAUUCUGAUUGUACCAGUGCCACCUUGCAAGGAGCUCGAAGUCUAGGUUCAAGCCUGUUCUCCGGCGAUGAGACGAUUACACCACAAGUACUGCUGAAUACGGAUGACGAGGCCGACGAUCGGACAAGCAUCUCGUCCUCGGAAUCUGUCUCUUCGGCUCCCACGACCACAGAGAAGAAAAAUACCACCUUAACCCGAGACACAGAUGCCACUAAGGCGAUCGUGAGUGCCAAUGCAAUGCAAAAAGUCCCACCACCCACGGCACCCAAGCCGAUUUUGCCGGCCAAACCCGCUUUGCUCAGAGCCGGGUUGAAACCGGUCAAAAUACCCAAAGUGGAUUCAAAGAUGUCUAAAUCGAAUCCAGGAGUUGUUCCACCGCCAUUGCCACAAAAACCACCUCGCAAAUCUGUAGCAUCAUCCCCAACAUCGAGUGCUCGAGAUAGUUGGUCCUCAGAAAAGGGUGUUGAGUCGUGUCAGGAAGUGGAAGACUCUAGCGCUGGUGAGCUCUCUUUCGUGCCCAAGCAUCACCAGGGGUCUUCGAGCUAUUAUUCCGGUUCCAAAUCCUUUGAUGAACUUGACGAUAUCCUUUGCGAGCGGGACCGACCGGUGAGGAAAUCCUCAUCUCGUCGGAAGAAUCGAGCCAGAGCCCAAAGUUCCAUCUUGGGCCUGCAAGGAGGCCUGGCCCAAGGGCAGGGGGUCAAGGAUUAUUGUCAUUACCAUCGGAAAUGUGCCGAGCAAGAAGAGAUGGAACUGGAGAAAAAAAACGGAGGGGAUUCCCGGACAUUGCCCGUGUCGAGGCACUCCUGUGACGAAUUGAUGACCCGCUCGUUCCAUGGCACAGAAACAGGAGGCUUAGAAGGAGGAGGAGGAGAAGAAGGAAGAGAAGGGGGCGGGGGAGAUGAAGCGAGUGAUUCCUCUUCGCAUGUGUCUUCCAGUGAAUGCCAGCGUUGCUUACUCAACAAGAUGACAAAUCGAACCCUCUCCUUGGAUUGCGAUGAGGUGUGGCUCUCAGCCCAGCAACAUCGUGGGCGGUUCAUCUCCCAACGUCAGUACAAGCGAAAAAUUAAGCGUGAGGCUCCUUCUUACGUCACUUUGGAACGGAAGCGAAGUGGAGACAAGAAAACCCGUCGUCGAGGACCGACUUCCGAGCUGCCUCUUCUCGAGACCGAAUCGUCCUCGGCGAACUCGAACCAGCAGACCCAACAUACUAGCAAACAGCAGAAGUCUCGUGGCCGGGAUGAGAUGAAAAUGACCAUGGUUUCCAAGACCACCUUCAAGUUAAGGUCAUGGGAGGGCUCGGAACUGAACCCCAUUGACCCCAGCGAUUUGGACUUGGAACUCAUGGAGAUUCCACUCAGUCCGACUCAUUUUGAUCAGCCAGGAACCCCCGACCAUGAACCGCCUUCGCCCUUUGAAGCGGAGCGAGAAAUUCAGCGAGUUUUGGACCAAAUUCGCGUGGAAGCGAAGCGUAUGAAGCAUUGCAAAAGUACCUCUAUGGACGAUUGCUUUCUCCGUCCUUUGGACUCGAAUGGAGCUUGGCCGAGCCUUUCUUUGGACUUGAGCGUGGACCAAUGUACUCAAACUGAAUCAAGGAGCUCGCCAUCCAGCGGCUUUAGCACCAAGGCACAAGUUGGUGUUACCUUUCUAAAUUCUGAUGGGGAUAAUCAGACCCUAGGCAUUACUGGGAAUGGAAUGGAAACCAGAUCAAAGCCGCUAAUCCAAGGACAAGCUCAAUUAGAUCUGGAGCUGAACCAACACCAUCAAUCUGAAACCACACAGAUCCCUCACGAUGUGAACCAAAGUCGGCCGUCUUCAUCAGAACCUAUGGAUUUGGAACCUACUCGAGUCGAUUCCAAACGUGACGAUGACAAGCUUGGAUUGUCGAUUUUUUCACCUUUUGAUGAGAAAGAGGAAUGGAAAAAGAUCUCCUUGAUCAUAGAUCAAUUUGGAUCUGAUAUUGGGCAAGAUAUCAAAGCAAGCACCACUCCGCAUAAUUCUCCAAAUACAGAAUUGCCCACUGGGAGGAGAAGAGGAGGUCAAAGUGGUCCUGGAACAGGCCUUGGACGAGCUCGUCUCGGGGGCAAGAUUGUCGGGGUCUCAUCGUCCCUAUCGGAUUGGCUCCGAGUCAAUGGCUUGGAAGAGUUUGAGAAGAAUUUCAUGGAUCACGGCUUUGAUCAUCUUGAUUUCAUUGGACCCGAUCUGAUUCGACUUGAGGAACUAAAGACCAUGGGGAUUGAAACCCAAGUCGACAUAAUGCGCAUUGAGAACGCGGUGCAAAAAAAUAAGCCCAUGGAGCACGCAGAUAUCAUGUCAAAUUGGACGAAUUUCGAGGACUGGUUGAGCCGACUUUCCCUGGAGAUCUAUGUCAGCAACUUCGAAACGAAUUUCUUCACUAGCCGAGAGCGAAUCCAAAGCAUUUGGGACGAUGAACUGACAUCCAUCUUGGAUAUUGAAAAAAUUGGCCACCGGAGACGAAUUCUAUUGAGUGUGGCCGGCACUGCCAAACUGUCGGAGAGGAAUUUCACCCAAGUUCCGAUUGUGGACCAGCCUGAGGAAAUGGACAUUAGCGAUUCGAAUGGACAGGUGAACCUUAAUCCCAUGUCCUCCUCAACUUCAGAGGUCAGUGUGGGCCCUGCCAAAAACAUUUCUUCCAAGGAAAUGGAUCCUACUCACGGCCUUAUUCCAAAGGCCAAAACCGAGCGCAGCCCAAUGCCCCCUCCCACCCCACCUAAACCUCGAUUAGGACCGACCGGUUCAUCGCCCGCCCAUCAAGUGGGUGGAAAUGGUAAUGGGCACAACACCCUAGGGCGUGGCACCAGUCGCAAGAAGAAAUCAGCUCCUCCCCCACCCACCAAUUUGAGUGGGAAAGAAGAAGGUGGUGGAGAUGGAUAUGUGAUGGAGCAAUCGAAAGAGAAAGUGAAGCGGAACAAGUCGAGUGGAAAUUUAUUGGAUGAGAAAGGUUACCUCACGUAUAAAGUGAAGUACUUUGGGAAAAAGGGGGUGAAGGAUUUCAAAGGGAUCGACUCGACAAAAUCAGCCAUCGACCUGAGCAAAAAGGCCAAACCCGGAAGUUCCCACGGGCCUAGAACCAGAUUCAUCAUUCUCAGUGAGAAGUGGAUCAAAAUUUUGAAAAGAGAUGGAAAGGAGCUGGUCGCCAAGCAUGAUGUGAGUUCCAUCUGUUGUGUGGUUCAAGAUGCCACGGAUCCAUCUUACUUCGGGUACAUUACCACGGACGGGGGUAACGGAACUGGUGAGGGUGGAACAAAGUACUCCCAUGUUUUCGCCACAGGAUGCAAGGGCAAAACCUUCGAGAUUCUGAUGGUCGUCUGCGAAGGCUUCACAAAUGCGGUGGCCAAAACUAAGUCAUUCCAUCAAGAUGCGCUCACAUCUGCUACAUCACCAUCAUCACCAACGAGUGGCUCUCUAAGUGUGUCAUCUCGGUUCCGAUCAGACCAAAUUGUCACGAGGAUGAAACUUUUCUUCCAGGGAGGUUCUGGCCAACAAACCUCUCAUCAACAGGGCCUAAGUAGAAGAGAUAAAUCUCCAUCCACGAAGGAUGGAGCCAGAAGAAAACGCGGUGGUUCUGUGGAUAAUUUACUAGAUGAUUUGGACGAGCCUUUGAGCAAAGAAAGCAAGAAGAAAUCUCUAUCCUCUAAAAACUUGAGCAUGGACGGUCAACUAGAGGAGGUCAAAAUCACAUCUGUUUAACUAUGAAGAGAUUAGAGUUAUCUUUCUCAUCAAGUGCUGUCAUGUCUGACACAUUUAUUCAAACUCUUUAUGAUAUGUCUUUUGUCAGGUAUCUCUUACGUUGUUCCUCAUUCUAUCUAGCAUAAUGUUUACCUCUGUUUUAGCGUCAUCAUUGUCAUCAGAUUCAUUAUUCAUUUGCACUUUCUGAACAAACCGUGCAUUCCAAUCUAUUUAUUGUUGUACAAUAUUAUGAUCCCAUCUGAUUUGCUCAAUCCGUAACGCUUAGCUUGAAGUGGUGGCAUUAAUUAUUUCCUUUGUCCUCCAUGUCCUAUGAAACUAGUUCAGAGACAAUAAAUUUCAGCAUUCAAACGCGAAAAGUUA